GCGGCGCCGACCGCUGUGGCCGCGGCCUGGAGGAGCCGGCACCGCCUCAGGGCGCUCUCUCCCGGAUGGCGGCGAUCGCUUGGGCGCAGAGGGCACCCGCGGGCGGAGGGCAGGGACGCAGCGAUGGUCCCCGCGGGAGAACCCUCCCAGCCGGGCGCAGCGUGGUUCCUCGCUCCUGUAGCGACUUCCCUGUGGCUGCCACAGCGUUGGAGGGAACCGGGAGAGCUCCGUUCUGCCGGAGCAGGUUCCUAAAGGUGCGCCAUGAAAACCUACUUGGAAGCCCCUGGAGCCAGACUUCAGGAAGCACCGUGCAGAGAGCGAGCAGAGACGUAGCCAAGAGCGCUGCGGGCGACGCUUCCCGCACACGGUCGAGCUCGGCUCUGAGGAAAGUGGCACAGCUGGAAAGCAAAAUCAUGAAUCGAAAAAAGCAGAUGGAACUGCAAACCACUGCCCUGGGCCAGAAGCCUUGGGAUGAAGAGUCCCUCUCGUCCACUUCCAGUCAUGAGCGCAGUGCAAGGGGCAAGAAAUACCUGAAGAAUUCUGCUACCGCCGGUAGCACCAGAAAUAUGACCCUCAGUAAUGCCUGCUCUAGGGAAGAGGAAAGAAUCCAAAGCCCUAAAAAGAAUGUUCUUGUUAAACAGCAGCUUGGUUUGGAUAGUGAUGAAGAGGAAAUGAAAGGAUUGAUGGAGAGCUCGUUGGAGUUGGCCAGUGGGAAUAAGAAUUGGAGAGUUGUUGACAGUGAUUCUAAAUGGGGUGGAAAGAGUAAGACUCCAGUUUCAUCGGGAAUGCCCCCUCCAUCUCAUAAGGAAAUUUCACCGACAGAAGUAUCUAAAAAAUCUCAUUUUCAUAGCAAAGACUCGGAGAAAAAUGUUUUUGGUAGAGUUAACUCACCAACACCUUCAGCAUCCAGCAGAAACCUGUCGGUACGACAUAAUACAAGAUCUCAAUCGCUGUCUUCUUCCAUGAAGGAUGGUACUGUAAAGGUUACUCUGCCCAGAAAAGGCAACACCAAGCAAAGCCAAAUAUCAUCUGACAGUGACAGAAGUGAAAUAAAAUCAUUAGACGAAUUGUUUUCAAAAGCAGAUGAUGCAGAAGAUUCAACCAGCAGCAGCUCAAACGAUUUCAGACUGAAUAUCCUGAGCCUUGAUGAUUUGGCACCGAAUGUCAGCAGUGAGGCAGCAGAAUUAAAGCAGAAUGGGACAGACAUCCAAAUUACUGAAGAAUCAAACGGAAAUCCAAAAAAAGAUUAUUUCCUGGUGGAAAAAGACCAAACUUCUCUUAAAAUGACAAGUGUAGUAACUGAUGUGAAUGAUGCUUCUGAAGGGGAUAUUGAAAAAACUGUGACUGAAGCUGAAAUCUCCGAGCAUUUAAGUGGAGUUUCUGCAGAUUUUCCUAGACACAAACAGGAUUAUCUUGAUCAUGACGAGAGAACUCUUAAUACAGAAUAUUCUGAAGACUUUGAAAGGUCUCUGUCUACAACAGAUGGGGAAUCUGGAUCAAAAAUGCCAGAGGAACACUCCGAGAGCCGCACGUACUCUGGAAAACACUCACCUUCAGCAUCAUCACCUUUACGUAGCAGAGAGCGGCGUGCCCAGGGACAGGGAGUCACUGUCAGAGAAACUGCAGUUCAGACAGUGGAUCCUCCCUUCACCUACAGCUGGGCAAAGACAAACACCUCUGCAGUUUUGGACCCACCUGUAGGAAACAGCUACAUUGAUCCCAUACCUAUUGCCAGCCACGUCAUCAGCACGGACGCAGUAGAAGCCCUGACAGCGUACAGCCCCUCCGUUCUGGUUUUAAAUGCCAUGUUGAAACAGCACCUGAUGCUGACCCAGCAGUUUGUAGAGAACAUUCACCACCUUCACUUCUCCCUCGUGGAGUCGCUGGAGCAGGAGAGGUUCCACUACCACACCCUGGAAGAGGCUAAAGAGUACAUCAAGAAUCACAAAUCCCCACCUCUAACAAUUGAGCAAGCACGUGAAGAAAUUCGGAAAGCACAGGAGCUUUGACUCCUCACAUUUUAAGCAAAAUCUACAUUUACAGACCUCAAGCUGGAACUAGAAACCCUUCCAAAUUGUGCAGAUAAGUUAUAAACUAUGUACUGGAAGGAUUUGUACUAACUGCUAUGAUCUUAUUAUAAAUAAUUUAUUUUUCUACGUCUGAAUUUUUUACUAAUGUACGUAGUAGAGGCAGGAACCUUCAGCCAGACUGUGUCAGUGUUCAGCAAAAAAGAAACCCAGCAGACAGUUCUCUCUGCAGGCAGUGCAGAAAUGAUGGUGACACACGGAUUUAUCACGUGGCUCGUGUGAUUUGUGGUGACAGAGAAGUGUGAGUCUGUACUGCAGCACCUGAGGACUGUGGGCACAGCAGAACAAUACCAUAUCCCAACUUUAGUGCCAUAUUUAAACAGUGUUUAUAUAUAAUUAGCCUUGUCAGGUUACUACAAACUCAAACAUAUGCCAAGUUAAGAUAAACUCAAGACAGGGAAGGCUUAUAGCCAAUUAGGGGAAUCCACUCUGAAAUAUGGGCUGCCAUUUUAUUUUUAUUAAAAAAAAAAAGUGUUUAUUGGAAGGCAAAACAAUAAAAUUCACAAGUUGAUAACAUACAGGUGGUGUAUGCCGAUUCACAGACAGUUACAGUUCCACAACUAC